GAUGGGAGUUGUAGUUCAGAAGCAUAUGGAGUGCCACAGGUUCCCCACUGCUUUGCUGAACAGUGAUUUCCUGUAGAAGUGCUAAUGAUGUUUCCCCUUCCAGGUCUUCAGGGCAGAGUUCUGAGUUUCCUUAAUGAAUCGAAGGAGAGUUAUGUUGUCAUAUCUCCGAUGCAGCCUCUGAAUGUCAUGGAAUUCACGCUCUGCAUGAGGGUCUCAGUAGAGGCUGUGAGUGACCGCAAAGUCAUUCUCUUCUCCUACCGCUCUCAAAAGGACGAACUGAGGAUCUUGCGUGAGGCAAAGGGCUGCUUUGGAUUACACAUGGGGGGUCAGAGUGUGAUGUUUGCCCUCCCCGAUCUCAGCACUUUGGGAAGUCAUAUGUGUGUCACCUGGGAAGCUGAGUAUGGCCUCACCGCCUUUUGGGUGAAUGGGAAAAGGAGCAUCCGAAAAGUGCACAAUGUAGGGCAUAUUGUUCAGUCGGGGGGCACUGCAAUGCUUGGAUGGGAUCAGAGUGCACAAAAUGCAUCCGAACAGCAGGAACGGCGUUUUGUGGGGGAAAUAACAGAUCUCUACAUGUGGGAUUACGUACUGAAAUCUCAAGACAUUCAAGAUGUGUUCCAGCUCCGCCAGUUUCCUAGAGGAAAUAUCUUCGACUGGAAAAUGUUAUCGUACAAGAUUACAGGGAAUGUGCUGGUAUUACCUAAGGACUACUAACACCCAAGGAGGAUAUGGGCAUUAUUAAGAUAUGCAGGAGAUCUUUUGUCUUCCUCCUUUGCAAAAGAAUAAACGAAAAGGGAAGGAGGGAAAGCACCACCUGAGAUGUGGAAGCUCAGCUGGUGCCAUUAUUCACACUGCCUGUAAUUGUUCACAUUGUAGGAUUGUUGACUGCCGUAUGAAAAUCCUUUCAUACUGAAAAUUGUUGAAGUAAAUCAUAAAUUUUAAAUA